UUGGGUGGGAGGGGGAAAAGACAUGCUUUCCCUUAGCAGAGAGAGUCAGCAAAUUCAGCUGCCUGCUCGGGAGGGGAAGGAGCCGCUUCAGAGAACAGCUGGAUCAGAGAUCUCCUGGGGGCACAGGGAGUUUUGCAAGGUCCCAGGGAAGAACUUAUGCCCAGCUGCUGUGACGUAGCAAUGACCUCUUCUUUGUCGCUACCUGAUGGAGACAAUACCGCGGAAUUUUGCAUUUUAACAUUUGCAGACCUGGAGCUGAAAGAUCACGGUCCUUCCCUACCCGAGGGCCACAUGAAAGCCGAAUUAGAUGCCAGGGCCCGAAAGAAGUAUGCGUCCGCAAAGAAAAAGGCCUUUGCUCUCUUCGUCAGAGCCAAGGAAGUGGUAGCUGACACUUGCUGCCCUAUGUCGACUUGCCAAAGGGCGAUUUCCUGGAGGUGCUGCCAAGAAACUUUCAAAGACCUGACUGGCAUUCACAGACAUGUAGCGGCUCAGCAUUCGGGCGAUGUGGGGCAGCAGACAUCCGUGAUCCUGAAACAGAUGGCACGCAGUGUCAGUGUCACAUGUAGCCCUGUGUCGUCGGCAGAUGAAACAUCCAGGCCUAGCAGGCCCCUGUACAGAAGCCAAGAGAUGUUCCAGAAGCUUCCAGACACAAGCCAUAUCGAUAUCAAUGAAAUGACAAGUGACGGUGAGCCUGGCCAAGUUUUGCUGUACUAUUGCUACUGUGAGGUGGCAGAUCCCCAGGGACUCUGUGACUGGCAGAGGGCUUUGUGCCAACACCUGCAUCUCAUGGGCAAGGUGCGAAUAGCUUCUGAAGGAAUCAACGGAACCGUUGGUGGGAGCAAGAUGGCUACUAGCCUUUACGUGGAGGCGAUGCUGUCUCAUCCCCUCUUUAAAGGCAUUUUGACAAGGGAGGAUUUCAAGACCAGCGCAGGAGGAGCCCACUGUUUCACAGACCUUCGGGUUGGCGUCUUUGAAGAAAUUGUGCCCAUGGGAAUCAACCCGCAGAAAGUCUCUUACAAAGAAACAGGGAUCCGUCUGACUCCAAAGGAGUUUCAUCUAGAAGUGGAGAAAUAUCUCUCUCAGGGUAACAAAGGGCAAGCGGACACCAUUUUGCUGGACUGUAGGAACUUCUACGAAAGUAAAAUAGGACAUUUCCAAGGUUCUUUGGCUCCGGACAUCAGGAAAUUCAGCUACUUCCCCACCUAUGUGGAUGAGAACCUGGAUCUUUUCAGGGGAAAGAGGAUCCUGAUGUAUUGCACGGGAGGAAUCCGUUGUGAGCGGGGCUCAGCCUACCUCAGGUCUAAGGGCGUGUGCAAAGGAGUGUACCACCUCAAGGGUGGCAUCCACAAGUACCUGGAAGAAUUCCCAGAUGGGUUCUACAGAGGGAAGCUCUUUGUCUUCGAUGAACGUUAUAGCAUCUCCUCCAACGGCGAUGUGAUUUCAGCCUGCCGUUACUGCGGGAUGCUCUGGGACCAGUAUCGACUUUGCUCCACCCAGCCCUGCCGCCAGCUUGUCCUGGCAUGCCCGCAGUGCCAGCUGAAAGGGUUCACAGCCUGCUGCCCCCUCUGCCAGAAGAAAGGCCUGGCGCUGGCUUCAGCUCCUUCUGGGCUCUCCUUCAAGGAGGAGUGUGAGUGCACCGGCACACGGCGGCAGGUGCCAGUGGAGCGCAUCUAACCAAGGAUCCCACGUCCUUGGACAUCCGCUUGGGGUGCCCGAAUCCCAGCUCUCUUUUCAGGGGAUUUGAGGCAAGCAGCUUUGCUGACCUCCGGUUUCAGGCAGUUAAUCAGGGCUUCAUGGCAACGCUAUCGCAACUCUCCGAAGUAAAAUUACUGGUGCAAGCAUGUACACACAACAAAACUCCCAUGGUGCUACACAACCGUUUCCUUCUGUGAGAUGAUCGCCCCUUCCCUUCGGGCGGGACGCAGAGCGCUGACAGAAAGCCUCACUGCUCUGCUUCUCUGAACCAGGGCAAGACGACAGAGCGACAAGGCACAGUGAGGUGUAAAGAGGAUUUCCAUUAAAGGAAAAGCAUGCCACCCACAGGUAGACUCUCAUGUGUAUGUGCAUUGGGAGGCUACGAUGUGCUCUGGCUUCCAGCAAAUGUGGGCCACCUAUACAAGCAGUGAGUUAUGCGCUUGUAGGUACAGGCUGUGAUCGGCCUGCAAGUUUCCCAGUCUUCCCUCCCAAAAGGUGAAUUUUGGGUAGGAAACUGCGCUGGUUCCCGGUUUUUGUGGAAUCCGCACCCCUGCCCAGGUAAGAGAUCUGCAUGGGGGAUCUGAAGAAUCAAAAUAAUCAGAAUUGUAGAGUUUGAAGGGAUCUUAAGGGCCAUCUAGUUCAGCCCCCUACAAUGCAAGAAUCUCAACUAAAGCAUCCAUGACAAGAUGGCCGCCCAUCCUCUUCUUAGAAACUUCCAAGAAAGGAGAGUCCACCGUCUUCUGAGGGACUCCCUCCCAUUUUGAAUGGCUCUCACUAUCAGAAACUUUUCCCUGAUGUUUAGUUGGAAACUCCUUUCUUGUAACUUGAAGCCAUUGGUUCAAGAAAAAAAAAAGCUUGCUGCAUCUACCCUGUGACAGCCCUUUAGUUAUUUGAAUAUGGCUACUGUACAUCUCUCAAGUCUCCUCUUAUCCUGGCUAAACAUACCCAACUCCCUCCAACAGUUCCUUGGAAGGUCUGGUUUCCAGAUCCUUGAUCAUCUUUUAGAUCAGUGAUGGCCAGACUUGGCCCUCCAACUGUUUUGUGACUACAAUUCCCAUCAUCCCUAGCUCACUGGACCAGUGGCCAGGGAUGAUGGGAAUUGUAGUCCCAAAACAACUGGAGGGCCAAGUUUGGCCAUCACUGUUUUAGAUAAUAAAAGACAUCAGAGACCACAGGUUUGCAAGAGGACUCAGAAAGGCGACUUAAAAGUUCCUUAAAAUGCACAUAUAGAUGAGUAAAGGUGGUUAGCAGGUUCCAAAACAGGGGAGGCAAAACCUCUGUGAAGCAAUUUGACAUACUCCCCCAAAUUCCGCCACUUCACUCUUAUUUUCUGGGUUAAUGGGUUACAAACAGAUUUUUUUCUCAGUAAGCAAUUUACAUGGAAAUGAGCAUGGAACUUCCACUAUACAGUCGUUCCUUGAAAGUCGAACAGCCUAGUUCUCGAACGUUUUGGCUCCCGAACGAUCGAAACCCGGAAGUGACUGUUCAGGAAGUGAGCUUCCUGCAGGCAAUAAGAAGCAACGCUUUGGUUUUCAAACGUUUUGGAAGUCGAACGGACUUCCAGAACAGAUUCCGUUCGACUUCCAAGGUACGACUGUAUUCCGCUACGUUCUGGAAGUGGCUUUUACUUCAUGUGAAAGCUCAAACAUAACGUGGAAAUUAACAGCUAAGGAAAUAAGAUAAACUCCUAUGUGGAUACAGCUUAGGAGAUGCAGAAUUAUGCAAGGGAACAGAAGUUAUUAUAUUUGCAUAACAUGCACAGGUUGUAGAAAUCGGCCUUUCUUGGAGUUUUUAUUUGCUGGUGGAGCAAAAUUCACACAACCUUGGCUUAAAAGCAGAGGCUGUUCGGAAAUGCAGCAAAACUGACCCGUAGUUUGGUGCCCAGUGGCUUCCAGGAAGGGCAGUCUUAAUCAAGAUGCAUCUCUGGCAACUGCCCAAAGUAUAGACGGAACUGGUGGGAAUAUUGCAAAUAUACGUUUCUGCACAGUGCCUGUGCAUCUAGUUGCAA